AUGAAAAUUAACAAGUGUAAUCAGAAAAAUGGCUGCCAACCAAUCAACAGUUGUCACACAUAUGGGUUCGGAGAGGUAUAUCACGUGAAGCAUAUGAUUGAAGGGGAGGAGUACGCGGUGAAAAUUGUCAAGUUCCUUGACAUUUAUGGCGAUCACAAAAGACAGGAAAUAUUAAAAGAAGUGCAAAAUUUAGUUAAAUUGCGCUCAGAUUUUGUGGUCAAUUACCGCAACUCAUGGCGUGAAGACAAUCAUCUGUUCAUUCAAAUGGAUUAUUAUCCACAAAAUCUACAGACGAUUAUCGAUAAUAAGCACAUUGUGUUUGGGAGACAAACGGGUGAACCGAUGAAAAUAUUUGAAUAUUUUAUUUCGUGUGAAAUAAUUAGAGAACUCUUAGAAAGUGUUAAAUAUUUACACGAUUUGUGUCCACCGGUUAUCCAUCGGGACCUCAAACCAUCAAAUGUGUUGAUUGCACAAAAUUGCACUCGGUUUAUAAGGUUGUGUGAUUUCGGUUCCGCCACUUUUCACUCUAUGACAUUGACAUCUAUGAGUCACACCUCUAAUGUCGGAACCGCACAAUAUAUGGCACCCGAAAUAUUUCAAUCCUGA